UUCCCUUUCUAUCCCUUCUUAAUUCAAAGAACCACUAGUACACAGAAGAAAGAGCCAUUAUGCUCAAACAGCCGUCUCCUUCCCCCUCUUCACCUCCACCAAGCCGGCCGCCGUCGCCGCCGCCGCCGCCAUCAAGCACCUUAGACCUCUCCCUAACUCUAGGUUCACCCUCAACCUCCUCCUCUUCCUCUUCCUCCUCUCCAUCCACCUCCCCUGCCCACCCUCCGCACCAAAAUGACGUGCGACUCUUUCCCUGUCUCUUCUGCAACAAAAAGUUUCUUAAAUCUCAAGCUCUCGGCGGCCACCAAAACGCUCACAAGAAGGAACGCAGCGUAAGCUGGACCACCCACAACCUCUACCUCCACCAUCAACCGCCGCUCGCCGCCGAGACGACGUCGUCGCUUCCCAUCGCUUCUCACGGCUGCCGCUCCACCUCCUUCGUCCCUUACAGUGUGGGCGGCGCCGCCCGCUUCACCACCGCUGGAUAUGGCCACCUCCCAUUUAUUCCAACCACGGCGGUGGAUCCCGGCGAGGGGUACGAGACCAUGGAUUUGCUUAACUGGCAGAGAAGCUCUAUUCCUAAUCAUUGGGACGAUAAUGUACAUGCUAAUGAUGAUGAUGAUGAUGAUGUUCCUGUUGCAGAGAACGCCGACGCAGAAGUUGAUCUUUCAUUGAGGCUUUAGUUUCGGUCACAUGCAUGUGAAAGGCUAAGGGAAGGGGAAGGGAAUAUAAAUGCUGAGGAUGAGGCAGGGAGGUGGAUGGAUCCAAAUGUACGGCUAUGAUGAGGGUUGAAUAGUAUUCUUGUCCUCCCGUAUCCCACCGUUCGGAUUUACUGCUCAUUUUUGGAAAAUUUUAUGAGAUUUUUGAUGGAUCAUCUCAUGAUGGGUUUGUGGAUAGGAACCUUUGAAAGAUUCCUAUGGUCAAUCAUUGCUACUUUUUAAGAGCAUGUCCUAUAUGAUCAUUCCUCUUCUACCACAUAAUUUUAUUUGUUUGUGAGUGUGUUGAUUAAGACUUGACCCAUUGAUUGUAUGAUGUAAUUUGGGCUUUUGGGAUCUUGUGAAACUCAUGUAAAUUGUGGAGUUCACAAGUUACAACUUUGUGAUCUCUAGGAAUUCUCAUUGAUUUUAGUAUUUGAAAGUAAGAUUUAUGUGGUAUGACAUCA